AUGGAUCCUCCUCUCUUCUCGUUCCUUCGUCAUCCCGCUCCUCUUGCUCCUCAAAACCCUAACCCUAGUCCAGAUCCCAUCCCGAUCCCUCGCGCUGCCGAUCUCCCGACCGUCAUUUCCCUACUCACCGACCUCGCCACACUUGCUGAGUCCACCCUCAAGUCCGUCUCCGACUUCCUUUCCCUCCCCCCUUCCUCCGCUGCCGCCGUUGGCGAUGGCUUCUGCCGAUGCCCUUACGACCGCAACCACUGCAUGCCGCCGGAGUCUCUCUUCCGCCACUCCCUCCUAUGCGCCUCCGCUCCCGGCGCCCCUCUCCUUGACCUCGGCUUCCUCGACGCCCUACGCUAUCCCGGCUCCCUCAAGUCCGAGGCCGAGCUCCGGACGGAGAAUUCCUUCGUCCAGUCCCUCCCUGCCCCCGACGCCGACCUUUGCUUUUCUCUCGAUUCCCAGCUCGGGGACCUCGGCUCCGGCUUCUUCUACAAGGAUUGCCCCGCGGUCGUGACCACACCGGAGCCCGAUGUGGCCACGACCUUCACGCUACCCGGAAUCUUAUCCGCGGAGUGCGCCAACUUUGCGAGCGAUCGUGAUGGAGAAAGUUGGGUUCUCGGGGAAGGUAAGAUUCGAAUCCUUCCAUCCGAGUAUUGGGCGUUGAGAUGUGAGGUGGAGGCGUGGAAUGACUUCCCGGUUUCUUACUCUUAUACGGUACUUCGUGUCAUGUCGAGCUUGAAUUUGGUCGAGGAACGUGGGUUGUUAAAGAGGUGGGUGAUCUCAAAUUCACCUCAAUUUGGGAUCGUGAUCGAUGUUGCCAUGCGGGAACAUAUAUAUCUACUUCUGAAAUUAUGCUUGAAAGUUAUUGGAAGAGAAGCUCGUUCCUCACUUAAGUUGUUUUUGGACAACGAGCGGCUUUGCAAUCCGAAGUCUCUUAAUUUUGAGUGUCCUAGAUUGGUGAGAAGCUUCCGUUGGUUGGCAUCUCAGAUGUCAAUUCUGUAUGGGGAGAUGAAUUCUAAGUUAUUCGCAACUGGAAUGCUCAAGGAGUCAUUGGUGCAAACUGGGUCAAGCUUGAUGUUAACUAGUUUAGGCAGAGAAAAUAUGGAAAACGAUGGUAGCAUUGUUAUCAAUGAUGCUUGUGUUGAUGAUACAAGGUGUGGGUCUGAUGAGUACAAAUCAUAUGAAGACAUGAAACUAGAAAAUCCUUCCAAAGAUGCUAGUAGGGGCCAAAUCUUUGUUUCUCAGGUUGCUGCUGCAGUCGCUGCAUUGCAUGAGAAAUCCUUGUUGGAGAAAAGGAUCAAGGCCCUACGAUUUUCCCAGCCACACUCCAAGUCUCAGCUAAUACUGGAACACUCGUAUGCAUUAGCCAGAGGUUUUGAAGAACGUGGAAAGCGCCCCAAUUAUAGGCCUGUUCUGGAACAUGAUGGGCUCUUUUGGCAUCGAGCACAAAACCAGGAUCUUGGGAAAGCCAAGACAAGAGAAGAGCUACUAGCUGAGGAAAGAGAUUACAAAAGGAGAAGAAUGUCAUAUCGUGGCAAGAAGGCGAAGCGAAAUCCAACAGAGGUAAUAAGGGACAUCAUUGAGGAGCACAUGGAGGAAAUCAAACAAGCAGGAGGUAUCGGAUGCAAUGUAAAACUCUCUGCUGAUGCAGCAAUUUUCCCAGUCAACCAUGAUGCCCAGAAUGAUGCAAUUUCAGAUCUUUGUAAGUUGCAAACCAGUGACUUGGAUGAUCCAGAUGCAAGAAGAAAUACUCGUCAUAAAGAAUCACUAGAUGGUGAUGCUAUUCAAAGUCAUAGAUCAAAUGUGAACAAAGAUUUUCUGAAGUCUCACUCAAAACUGAAGUAUGAACAACAUGAGCAUUGGGAAGAUCAAGAUAAAUCUAUGCAUGAAAGAUGGAAGAAUUAUGGUUCUAGCAGCUCUUCCUCUCACAAAAGUUUGGCUUCAUCACGUGACCGAAUUGCACAUGAAAAGGAGCAUGGUGCUGCAGUUCCACCCAGCAGUAAAUAUGACAGUAUGAAUUCUGGAUAUUUUUCUAGGUCAAGAGAUCACAUAAAUCAAUCAACUUUAACAUCAAAGUCUUCCAGGAGGGAAUACGAUCACAUAUCACGAGAUAAGAGUAAAGAAAGAGACAGAACUUUUGGACGACAUAGAUCAGAACAGUACCUAUUACUCGUCAGGCAAGGUUUACAAUCCAAGAGAAGAUGGCAAAUAUAAUCAUGAGCAGCGUUCUCGAAGGCGGAGCAAAGAUUAUAAAUAGUAUUUACUGAGGCAUCAUGAGUGUUCUCCACGUCCGUAUCCUUCUCUGUAUCCUCAUGGUUAAAGAUAUCAUGUUUGCCUUUUAUCUUUGCUGUACAGUUCCUUUCAUGUUUAGUUGUGCUAUAUUACACCUAAUCAACAAGGAUCAAUACACAAGUUGUGUUAAAAUGAGAUGGGUUGGGUUUCUCAAGUUGUUUAACUAAUACCAGAUUAGUUUUAGGUCAAGUCAUAGAACUUGUUUGUUAAGGUUUUAAAAUGAUGGUAUAAAUUCGUAUUUCUUUAGACUAGUUUUCUGCUGUUGAUUUUACAUUUUCCUUUGGAGCAUAAAUUCAGCAUGCAAAAGAUUUUAGGCCUCACAGCAGUGUGCUGCUACUGAUGAUGGUCUCCAUUUACUUAAUGGGUGCAAGAUUUGGUUAUUGGUCAAAAUUUGAUUAAUCAGUGAAGACUGGGGUUGCAGAUGUCUUUUGGCUGUUUGCUGAAUUGCCUUCUUUGUUGCAUUUUCUGUUUCCUGUUGAAUUCAGUUAAUGAUUAUACAUGCUUAGCCUUGCCUCUUUGAAUUCCCUUGUUCUGCAGUUAAUCGACAAAUCAUUCAUGCUCUAUGGUAGUUUUUUUUUUCCUGAUAUUGGACAACUGUAAGCAUUGAAUGCAGUGUUUACGAUGGUGAACGUACUUCUACUAAGAGAGCGAUGUUGAUUCUUUUGUGAAGCAUUGUGAUAUAGAAUUUUGAAAUUUUUAUGGUUAUUGUGACUGAUUUCAACAUUUUUGAUGUACCUGGAUUUGCUUUGGUUUUCUGUGUGUCAAAAAUUGAUAGUUUCUUCAAGCAGGUUUGUCUUAAGCAGCCUACCCUAGACAGUAUUUCAGUUUAAGCUGCCUCUUUGUUUAAUUCAUUACUUCUUUUGCCCUUCUGCAGUAUUUCAAUUCUUUUGCCCUUCCUGUUUGAACUGCACAAGACAGUAUCUCAAUUAACUUACAAAUUACAAAAGAUUUGUUAAUUCUUUUGCCCUUCUGCAGAAAGGACUUCCUCUUUGGUUUACUUCAAAAUGUUACUGUGUGGAUUAGCAUUACUGCUAUUGUAUGGAUUUGCUUAAGCAUGCACCAAGUACAUAUUUCACGGAGAGCUUAUGGUUGGAGGAGAUUAUGAAGUCAGCUGACUGCUUUGGGAGCAGUUACUAGAAUGGGUUCUAGUCGGCGCAUUAUUAGGUAUGCUCAUCCUGGACCAAGUAAUGUUUCUAAUUUUGGGUUUUUUUUAUGCCAAAUCCAGGAAUUAUCUUGAGGAUGAUUGCUUCAUAAAUUUUGACUCUUAAUUCAUGUAAGAUGAACUUAUUGUGCCCAUAAUAGAUCAGCAUUUGAGGCUGUCAACAUUUAAUUUGGUAAAUUUUCAUCUA